UCGUCCCUUUAUAUUUAAUAUUUUAAUUAUUUAUAUUUAUUUAUUUGUGUGUCUCUGUGUGUGUAUAUAUAUAAUAUCAGUCACUCUUUAAAAAUCUCAUCGCCAUUAUUUCUUGGGUAUUUCAUUUUACAUCCAAACUCCAAGAGAAACAAAUCGUGUGGAAAUUCACAAACAUGGAGGCGGCGGAUUUUUCUCACGGUGGUUUGCCGGCGGAGGUAAGGAGGAAGGUGACGGAAAAGCUUCUCGCCGGCCGAGACUCAGCAGCUCGUCUUCAGAUUCUUCUCCGGUCAGCGGCGGCGACGGACGACAACCAGCAAGCUCUUGCCACCAAGAUCUUGAGUUCCAUCACUGAAGCGAUCUCCAUUCUCGAGUCCGCCGGUGACGAAUCGAGCUAUCCAGAUCAUUCCCUUUGCUCCGAUCUGGAUUCCGGCGACUCACGGCGGAGCACGGCGGUUAAGAAUAAUCUAGGACGUACCAACAAAAGAAGAAGAUUGACGAAUACGAGGGUGAUUACGAGGGCAACAGCGGAAGAUGAGUAUGCUUGGAGGAAGUACGGCCAAAAAGUUAUCCUCAACGCAACUUAUCCAAGGAGCUACUUUAGGUGCACUCACAAGUACGAUCAAAGCUGUAGAGCCACAAAGCAAGUGCAAAGAAUGGAGGGUACUGAUUCAGAAAUAAUGUAUAAGAUCACCUACAUCUCUGACCACACGUGUGGCCCUGCUUCUCCGAUUGUCUCCGCCUCCGCCGUUGUUACCGAUUCCAAUUCUUACAAUCUCAUAUCUUUCUCCAACUCUCCCAACGAUAAACUGACCGAGGUUACUAGCCACAAUUUCAUCUGGCCGAGUGAUGAUGAUGCAGUGAAGAUGAGAGAGACAACAACAACAAGUGGUUCGACUGAUGAUGAGAUUAAUAUGUGGUUGGAAUUGAAGGAUUUUGGAAGCUUGCACGCAGCAGCGGCGGCGACAAUGACAAUGACAAAUCAAUAUUAUUUCUCGACCGGAGACGACGAUGUAGGUUCUCUCAUGUUUUGGGAGGAUUGUUUACAAUAAUUUUUGUUUUCCACUGGGACAUAUGUAUACAACAGAAUUAAGUUAAAAUAACACCCUAUAGAUGAUGGAUGUUAAUUUGAAGUUGAUGAACCUUCAAUUUAUGUGUAGUAAUAAUUUUCUUUCAA